AUGCCGUCGCGAACUCUUCCAACCUUCACUCGUGCUGAGGUCGAAGCUCACAACACCAAGAAGUCCUGUUAUGUUACCAUCGGCGCAAACGUCUACGACGUGACCGACUUUGCCCAAGAUCACCCUGGUGGCGCCGACUUGGUCUUUGAGUACGCUGGCAAGGACAUCGAGGCGAUUUUGCGCGAUCCCACCUCCCACCCCCACUCAGAGGCGGCGUACGAGGUUCUCGACGACUCCUUGGUCGGAUUCGUCAUCAACCAGAAGACGAUCAACGGAUCAGUUCACAAGGUCAAUGGUACCGCGAACGGGAAAGUGAAUGGGCAUGCGAAUGGAAACGGUACCGUCAACGGCAACAUUAACGGCAACGGCAACGGCGCAGCCAAGUUUGAAAACGAGGGAGUCAAAAUGAACGAGCACGGCGAGCUCUGGGACGGCGAGCGCUGGGUUCACCCCCGGACCGGUAUGGCCAGCGAGGAGGAUUUGAGCAAGGAGACGGAUUACACCACCGAUUAUAAGAAGCACAAGUUCCUCGACUUGAGCCGCCCUCUCUUCCCCCAGAUCUGGUACGGCGGCUUCAGCAAGGAGUUCUAUCUCGACCAAGUUCACCGCCCUAGACAUUACAAGGGUGGCGAGUCCGCGCCUCUGUUCGGUAACUUCCUGGAGCCUCUGUCUAAGACGCCCUGGUGGGUUGUCCCGAUUGCGUGGCUUCCUCCUGUGGCAUACAGUCUAUACCUUGCCAGAGACGGCAUGGAAAGCACCACGCAGGAACUCCUCUACUUCGGCCUUGGACUCUUCCUCUGGACUCUGAUCGAGUAUAUUUUGCACCGCUUUCUCUUCCAUCUUGACCAGUGGCUUCCUGACAACCGAGUCGGCAUCACCGCGCAUUUUCUCCUACACGGUAUUCACCACUACCUCCCUAUGGACAAGUACCGCUUGGUCAUGCCCCCUACGCUGUUCGUCGUUCUCGCCACGCCAUUUUACAAGCUCGCGCACUGGGUGUUUUCGUACAGCUGGCACGCCGCUACAGCCGUCUUCUGCGGAGGCAUCUUCGGCUACAUCUGCUACGACCUCACGCAUUACUUCCUCCACCACCAGAACCUUCCUCUCUGGUACAAGGAACUCAAGAAGUACCACCUUCAGCACCACUUCCUCGACUACGAACUCGGUUUCGGCGUCACCAGCCGGUUCUGGGACAGCGUCUUUGGCACUGAACUGCCUCCCAUUGUGAAGGCCAACUAA